UAGUACAAUCAUAGGCAUCCAUCAAAAUGGCUUCAAGAAACACAGCUUUAUUCCUCGUCGGGUUGCUCCUCUCGUGCGUCGCCAUGAGCAAUGGAGCAAGAAUCCUGGAGGAGGAGACGACUCCUUCCAAAGGCGAGGAGCACCUGCCGGAGCUGCCAGCGCUGCCCAAGGUCGAGCUGCCACUAUUCCCGGAGGUGCAUCUGCCACCUAAGCCUGAGCUGCCCAAGGUAGAGCUGCCCUCUUUCCCUGAGGUGCACUUGCCACCCAAGCCCGAGCUGCCAACGUUCCCCGAGGUGCACCUUCCAGCCAAGCCGGAGCUGCCUAAGGUGGAGCUGCCACCGAAGCCAGAGAUGCCCACCAUCCCGGAAUUUCACUUCCUGGAGCCGGAGGCUAAGCCAUGAAAACUGUCUUCAAUUGUCUUCUCUUUGCUUGUGGUCCUACAU